CUGUAGAUAGACUUAUCGGUUACUGUUCCUCAGAUUCGUUCAUUCUAUUUUCGCUCCAGGAUAAGUAUCCAAUGCAUAACUUCAUCGCGUACACGUCUUCCACCGGCGCAUCUCGUGUCGGCAGUCUUGACUUUGACAACAGCCUGAUAACGCCUCUCUCCUUCCCGUCCGGCACUCCCGUUACCUCCCUCUACGACGUCAUAAACUACGGCUCUACAUUCUCGCUCGCUCCCUCUGCUGAAUGCGACCCAGUCCCACUAGACUCAGUCUCAAUUGAAGCUCCUUUUACGGGACGCGAUAUUCUCGCGGUCGGAAAGAACUACUAUGACCACGCGAAAGAGUUCAACUCGUCCGGAUUCGAUUCAAGCGAUAAGGUCGAUACUCCUUCGGAUCCCGUCAUUUUCACCAAGCGUUCUUCGAGCAUUGUCCCUUGCGGUGCUGAUAUCUACCUGCAUCCUGGAUUUACCAGUACUUUGGAUUUUGAGGGAGAAGUAGGCGUCGUUAUUGGAAAGCCUGCAUACAAGGUUGCUGAGAAAGAUGCCAUGGAUUAUGUCUGGGGAUACACUAUUAUCAAUGAUGCAACUGCCCGUGAGCGCCAGCGGGACCAUAAGCAAUUCUUCAUUGGAAAGUCCGCAGACACUCUCUGUCCAAUGGGCCCCGUUGCUGUGCCGAAAGAGGAUCUCCCUGAAUAUCUCGAGCUCCAAACAAAAGUCAAUGGCCUCGUCAGACAAUCCGACUCGACAAAGAACCUCAUCUUCUCGAUCCCAACUCUAAUCAAUGUGCUCUCAAGCGGCAUGACGCUCCAGCCCGGAGACGUUAUUGCUACCGGAACACCAGCAGGCGUCGGCAUUGGUCUCAAGCCGCCUGUCUACCUAAAGGCUGGUGAUGUUGUUGAGGUGUCAGUCACAGGCCUGGGAACUCUUGUCAAUAAAGUGUCUGAUGUCAAGGCCGCCGCCGCGCCGGUGGCACUCCCGAGCUUGCCCUCUCGUGUCAUUACUGAUCCUGGGCUCACCAAAGUGGGUUCAAAGUACUUGUACUUUGAAGACAUUGGCAACAAGACUUCAGACGAAACCUUGAUCUGUGUUCACGGUCUUGGGUGCUGCGGUCAGUAUUUCUCGUCUUUGGUAGACAAGGCUGGGUUUUUGGAGAAGUACAGAGUAGUUUUGGUCGACCUCGAGGGUUUCGGUCGGUCGCUCACGUUCCCGGACUCUACUCCAAGUCUGCACAGCUACUCUGAAGAUAUCUAUGAGAUUACAAAGCUACUGGGGAUCACCAAAAACAUCUCCCUGAUUGGAUUCUCGAUGGGCUGUGGUGUGACGGAGACGUUUGCAGUCAACCACCCCGAUCUGGUCAAAAAAUACAUCCUCUUAUCACCGCUAAUGUACCCUGUCCCCGCACACACCAAAGAAGUCUGUCUCGGUCUUGCCAAGAACGUGCGCAAGAGCGGUAUGCAGCUGGAGUCCGACAAGAUGGCCAAAUCCUCGAUGUACAUCAAGACGCAGAUCGAGAAUCCGCUGGCGAAAAUGUACGUGUUGACGCUUCUGAAGAUGACCGAUGUCGAAGGCUACGCGAAGGGCGCGAUGGUGCUCGCUACCGACGGACCGAUUGCGCGUGAGAAGAUUGAGAAGGAGGUGUUGUUGGUCACUGGAGAGUUUGACGAGUGGCCCCCGAUGGAGGAAGUUGAGGCGGUUCAGAAGGAAUACGCGAAUGCGUCGACGAAGAUUGUCGUCAUUCCCAACGCUAAGCAUUUCCAUAUUCUGGAGAACUUUCCUGCCACCCUGGAGGCUGUUACCUCGUUUUUGUAGUCUGCACUGUCACUUUCGCAUUUCAUUAUAGACGAUAGAUUCAUAGUAUGAGCAUUUAAUAGAUAUUCACAAAUCGAG